GAAAAGGUAUACGAGGAAUUAGUAGAAAUUUAUGGCACGCAAGAUCCAAAAACCGUGCCUGUCAAGUUCGAAGAUUUACAGCAUAUGAAUUACUUGGAACGCGUUAUCAAGGAAACACUGAGACUCUUUCCUGUUGUGCCUAUUAUAGGACGACGACUUGAUGAAAAUUUACAAAUAGGAGAAUAUAUUUUGCCGGAAGGCGCUGAAGUUAUCAUAGGAAUAAUACAUAUGCAUCGAAAUGAAAAGUAUUGGCUAAAUGCAUUGACGUUCGAUCCAGAUCGAUUUCUCCCGGAGAACAUGGAGAAUAUUCAUCCUUAUUGUUACAUACCUUUUAGUAAUGGUCCAAGAAACUGUAUAGGCUCAAGGUAUGGAAUGAUGUCUAUGAAAGUGCUCAUUUCAACUUUAUUACGUACAUUCAUAUUAAAAGUGGACAAAAGGAUGGAAAUAAAUGAAAUAGAGUUGAAGAUAGAAACGAUGUUAGCAUCCCGUAAGCCUUUAAAAGUCAGAAUUGAAAAGAGGAAUUAACGGCACA